AUGCCUCGGGUUGUCAGUUACAUGUCCGGCGCCCAGUGGGACAUGGAUGGCCCGUCUUCACCGACUCAGAGAUUCUUCAAGCAAUAUGUCGAUGCCGUAGACUCCAGAGGCUAUGAUAGCGGCUCCGGCCUCAAGUUCUACUCAGAGGGCGUGGUCUUUCACAACCAGAACAACGCGGUCUAUCGCGGAGGGGAUGAGAUGUGGGCCUGGAUGAAGAAACUGUUUGGCGUGUUCGAACGAAUCCAUCACGACUGGAUCCAAUUUCUGGAGAUUGAACGCGACGAUGGAACAAGCCAAAUCUACACUCAGAACAUUCGCAAUCUGUGGCUUCGCGGAAACAAGGAUAUGGAGCCAACUGUCAGCAUCCCUGUUACCAUGAUUGCCAUCAUCGGGAAGAGCAACGACGAGAAGACUCCAGAGGGACUGCAUUUCAAGGAGGUCUGGCUGUAUUGGGACACUGCUCUGCUUUUACCCUUUCUUCCAAAGGAAGCUGUGGUCUUUAAGACGGAGAAUAUCUUGCAUGCAAACGAGUAA